UCGCGCGUUGCCUUUCUGUCAUUUUUUUCUUCCAUAAAAAAGAUUCAAAACCGAAAAAAAGAAAAGCCUUCAAAUAUCAAAAUCUUCCAAUUUCAUUCUAUCGCUGUUUGUUUCUCUCUCUUUCUCUCCAACACAAAAUUCAAAAACCAAAAAAAAAAAAAAAAGAAUUUAUAACAAACCAACCCUUGAAAGAGAAAGAGAGGAGAUUUUUAUUUUUAUUUGCAAUAAAAAGGAGAGGAAUUUGAGAGAAAAGCCAGGUAUUUCUUUUUUGUUUUGAGAAUUUGAGGGUCUUCUGAUUCUUUGAUUUCUUUCGUGAAUUUUCAUGGACCCAUUUUAGAAUCAAGGCUGGGUUGUUGUUUAAUCUUUUAUUUAUUUGCAUUUUCACUUUUAAUUCUCUGUUUUCCUUUUUAAUCCAAGGCUAGUUUAAUUGGCGUGGCUUGUUGGUACAUGCUCCUCCUCAACUAGAAAAUACUGACGAUUUGUAUUUGAAGAAAAGAGCAAGGAUGCGUCGGUGGCUUUGUUGUACCCGUCAGGUAAACGAGAAUUAUCGAUCACAUGAAAGUGAGCACUUGAAGAGCCCCGUGUUUCUAUCAGACGGGCAGGAAAAAGACACAAGGGUAGCAGCUGAUGUCAAACCCGAAGUGCAUAAAUCAGCACCACCUAUUGAAGUGCCCGCACUAUCACUGGAAGAGUUGAAAGAAAAGACUGACAAUUUUGGAUCAAAGGCUUUGGUUGGUGAGGGUUCCUAUGGCAGAGUUUAUUAUGCAAAUUUGGACAAUGGAAAAGCUGUGGCUGUGAAAAAGCUAGAUACUUCUGCUGAGCCUGACUCAACUGUGGAGUUUUUGACCCAGGUUUCCAUGGUUUCAAGAUUUAAGAAUGAAAAUGUUGUUGAGUUGCAAGGUUACUGUGUUGAAAGAAAUCUCCGCAUCCUUGCAUAUGAGUUUGCAACUAUGGGAUCACUACAUGACAUAUUGCACGGAAGGAAGGGGGUUCAAGGGGCACAAGCAGGCCCAGUGCUUGACUGGAUGCAGCGGGUAAGAAUAGCUAUUGAUGCCGCAAGGGGCUUGGAAUACUUACAUGAGAAGGCUCAACCUGCUAUUAUACACAGAGAUAUUAGAUCUAGCAAUGUGCUUCUCUUCGAAGACUUCAAAGCAAAAAUUGCAGAUUUUAACCUCUCAAACCAAUCUCCUGACAUGGCUGCUCGUCUUCAUUCUACUCGAGUUUUAGGGACAUUUGGUUAUCAUGCUCCAGAAUAUGCAAUGACUGGACAGUUGACACAGAAGAGUGAUGUGUACAGUUUUGGGGUUGUCCUUCUAGAACUUCUGACUGGGAGGAAACCUGUUGACCAUACAAUGCCUCGCGGACAGCAGAGUCUUGUUACAUGGGCUACUCCGAGACUUAGUGAAGAUAAAGUUAAACAAUGUGUGGAUCCAAAACUAAAUGGAGAGUAUCCUCCUAAAGGAGUUGCUAAGCUGGCAGCUGUGGCAGCAUUGUGUGUGCAGUAUGAAUCCGAGUUCCGUCCAAACAUGGGCAUCGUCGUUAAGGCUCUCCAACCUCUGGCAAAGGGACAAGCGGCAGCAGCGGCAUCAGAGACAUAAAAACAGAUAAAUGCAGUCCUUCACCUUGGAUUGAAAUCUCUGCAACUUAUGCACAGUUCAUUUCCAUUCUGACUACAAAUUCCAUAUGUAUUCAACAUAUUAUAUGUAUUUACUUCUUUCUGCCUUUUUUUCUUUUUUGUUUGUUUGUUUGUUUUUGGUCAUAUACGACAACCAUGUAUAGGGUUGGGUUGGAUUGUUUAACAUCACCUGAUAUAUGAUAUGAUCUCUCCGUCGCCGGUUUUGGUCACCGGCUGCCGAUGUCCUUUUGAGUUGUGCAAUUAAGCAAGGGAUUGGGUCUUGUGGUACAUAGAAA